GUUGCUGCUUCGAGAUGUUUCACUUCCCGUUUUCUUCACGACUGAAUCACAUCUGAGACUCUGAAGGAGACGGAUUAAUCGUGUCCUUGCAAGACGCCAGACCUCAUCACUGCACAUGGACCGGCGGUGUCUGAGCUGCAGCGCUGCAGCGUUGCUGCUCCUGGUCCUCGCCGCCCCGGCUGCCACGCAGUCGUCCUGCAGAGGUGGAGUUCACGGGAUUCCCGGUAUUCCAGGCAUCCAUGGACCCAACGGCAAGGACGGCCUCAAAGGAGAGAAAGGAGAUCCAGGUGAGGAUGGGCUGUCAGGCAGGGGCGUAAAGGGAGUGUCGGGGGACCGGGGCCCCCCGGGCCGGCCGGGUCUGAAGGGGGACGUGGGUCUGCCGGGCCCGUCCGGAUAUCCAGGGCCCAAAGGAGAGAAGGGGAGACCCUACAGCCCUUCCACCGAUCUCAAAUCUUUCUUCUCCUACAAAAUGAUGACGACACAACCGCCAGAGUUGGACGCGCCCAUCAACUUCAACACACACAUCCUGCCUGACCUGGACGCGCAGUUUCAAGGAGAAUCUCUGACCAACGGGACGUUCACCUGCGUCACCAGCGGCGUGUAUUUCUUCAGUUUCCACACGUCAGUGAAGAGCAGAGUGUGUCUGAGGCUGAUGAAGGGCAGCGCCGAUCACAUGACCCUGUGCGACACGGCCGACGGCUUCCUGGUCACGUCUGGCUCUGCGCUGCUGCAGCUGCAGGCCGGGGACGAGGUGUCUCUGCAGGUCACCAGGUUCAACCACCUGGUGACGGCGCAGAGCAGCACCGGACACACUUUCACCGGCUUCCUGGUGCUGCCCACCGCCUAGUAACAGCCUGCAGGACAGAGACUCUGCACUGAAAAAAAUACAUCUAAACGCAUGUAAAUAUAACAUGUUUAAAUCUGUGAUAUUAACAAUUAAAAAUGAAGUUUGUUGCUUUACAUGAAUACA